AUUUCGCUCAAAUUAAACCAUUCCGAAACUCCGCAAGUAAAGUUAAAGGAACAUCACACACACACACACACACACCAAUCUCAUCAUUUCUGAACGAGCCCCAAGCCAUGGAACGCGGCGAUUUGGCCCUCCCAUCUUCGAAAUCCUUCAACGACAUCGGCGCCCACGCGGAGAUACAACCCUUCCACCAGCCGAACAAGAAAAAACUGAGCCGUUGCAAGACAGCCCCAGCCAUGGUGAGCAUGCGAGACCUGAAACCUAGGACAGCCCAAAAGCCGAAACCCAGAUCCAGUUCGAUAAUCCGACAAGGGAUGUGUCUGCUGGGCGUGUACCUCUCGGUGGGAGUGGGCAUAUACACGUUGAACAGAGAGAGGUUCUCGGGCGUGGAGACCCACCCCGUGGUGGACGCCCUGUACUUCUGCAUAGUGACGAUGUGCACCAUAGGGUACGGCGACAUAGCGCCGUUAACGCCGGUGACGAAGGUGUUCGCGUGCGUGUUUGUGCUGGUGGGGUUUGGGUUCAUGGACAUACUCCUGAGUGGGCUGGUGAACUUCGUUUUGGACUUGCAAGAGAACGUGAUCCUGAUGAGUGGUUUGAGGGCGCGUAGUUAUAUUGUGGACGUGGCGAAGGGGAGGAUGCGGAUAAGGCUGAAGGUGGGGUUGGCGCUUGGGGUUGUGGUGAUGUGUAUUGGGGUUGGGAGUUUGGUGCUGUACUUCGUGGAGGGCUUGGACUGGGUUGACUCUGUUUACUUGUCGGUUAUGUCUGUCACCACGGUUGGCUAUGGGGACGCCGCUUUCAAGACGCUUCCUGGUCGCUUGUUCGCCGCCGUUUGGCUUCUCUUUUCCACUCUCAUGGUCGCUAGGGCUUUCCUCUACUUGGCUGAGGCCAGAAUCGAUAGAAGGCAUCGCCGCAUGGCUAACAAUGUCUUGCAAAGGGAUAUUACCGUUCAGGAUUUGCUUGCUGCUGAUCUCAACCACACUGGUUUCAUCAGCAAGUCAGAGUAUGUGAUCUUCAAGCUGAAAGAGAUGGGUAAAAUACAGGAAAAAGAUGUGUUGCAAAUUUGUGACCAAUUCAGGAAGCUUGACCCCUCUAACUGUGGGAAGAUAACACUGCCUCAUAUUUUGGAGGGCUGUUUAUGACCGAUUCAAUGCAAAUCCAAUUGUUACAGUUACAGUGCAGAAGCUGCCAAAACUUUUUUUUUAUUUACAAAUUCCUGCAAAUGUUUAUAAAACGGGGAUACUAAUUGAAUUGUUUGCAGCAAUAUUUUGUACAGAAAUUACACUGAUUCUAGAGGUGGUUGCAAAUCAUAUGUACAGAGCUAGUUAUGAACUAGAGGAAGAAUAGAAAGAGACCCAUCAUUCUGAACA